AUGAUAGAAUAUGAGUCUACGAAAGAGAAAAGAAAAAAAGAACACACCGGCGGUGGGUGGACAAAACAGAGGGCUGAGAUUUAUCCCAGGUACUGCCCUCUUUGUAGACGCCACUCGCUACUCCUUCUAGUCAAAACUACUGCUGCUGCUGCUGCUUCUUCUUCUUCUUCAAGUGCUGACAGCAGCGGCGGUGGUGGUGUUGCCGACGAAGUGGCGUCAACUACAACUGAAAUUCUCCAUGAUUUCCUUCAUCUCAUGCGAGUUUACAAAGAUGGUCGAAUCGAAAGAUUGGAGGGCAACGACGUCGUCCCUGCAUCAGUGGAUCCCAUCACCGGAGUUCAAUCAAAAGAUGUCGAGAUUGCGCCGGAAAUUGGUGUCGGCGCUAGGCUUUACCUGCCGCCAACGCCGACCAACAACACAAACUUCCUGUCCUAG